AAGUACCGCGGUGCCACAGAAACGAUUUUAUGCCAUCUGUUGAGCCUUCCUGGAAUUACACCGACAUAGGAAUUUCCUCUUUGAAGGUCAUGUGAAAAGCACGUGGGUCAGCAAGAUUUUUUUGGUCUGGGCUACGGACUUAAACAGUAAUCCAAUUUCUAAGCUCGUACGAGCACACAGUUCAGGACAAUUUCAUUGGGAAGGAAAAUGUUUCUUCUAAGAUAUUAAAAUGUCUGACGAUGCUGGUGACACCUCAGCCACUAGAGACAAAGCAGAAAUUGCCAAGAUGCCCGAGAGUGAGUUUUCGCCCGAAGGCACAGAAGCGCACUGUGAUUCAGCUAUGAUUUCAAAUGAGCCGACAGCAGCUGACGCCAGAGGAGAUGGGCAUGAAAAUGCCACCAUCCAGGGUGCAGAGACUACUGACACUGGGCAUCUUGAGCAGCCCCAACACACCAGUGCCACGGAGCCCCCCCUCAAUGGAGAAGUGACCGAGGGUGCACUUGCUGAAUGCAUUGACUCCGUCAGCCUCGAGGCAGAACUUGGAUCUGAAAUACCCCUGAAAGAACAGACUAAUCUGGUUGUGGAUUCGCCUUCCCAUGGAGGGGGAUGGGCAGGCUGGGGCUCCUGGGGCAAAUCUCUGCUCUCAUCAGCAUCUGCUACAGUAGGUCAUGGAUUGACAGCAGUCAAGGAAAAAGCAGGGGCCACCCUGCGGAUUCAUAGUGUAAAUUCCAGCCCUGCUGAAGGGGCCCAACCUGAUGCUGAAAAUGGAGUCCCUCAGACCCAUGUGGCCACAGAUCAGAGCUCUGGGGCAGAAAGCCCACCCACUUCUCCUGCAUCCGGGUCUCGGGGCAUGCUGUCAACCAUCACCAACGUCGUUCAAAACACAGGUAAAAGUGUCUUAACGGGUGGUCUUGAUGCUCUGGAAUUCAUCGGUAAGAAAACCAUGAAUGUCCUUGCGGAGAGUGACCCAGGCUUUAAGCGGACCAAGACACUCAUGGAGAGAACCGUUUCCUUAUCACAGAUGUUAAGGGAAGCCAGGGAGAAAGAGAAGGAGAGACUGGCCCAGCAGCUGACGGCCGAGAGGACUGCCCACUAUGGGAUGCUGUUUGAUGAGUAUCAAGGUUUGUCGCACCUGGAAGCUCUGGAAAUUCUAUCCAACGAAAGCGAAAGCAAGGUUCAGUCAUUUUUAGUAUCACUCGACGGAGAGAAGCUGGAACUCUUAAAAAACGACCUGAUUUCCAUUAAAGACAUCUUUGCAGCCAAAGAAUUCGAGAAUGAAGAGAAUCAAGAAGAACAAGCCUUAGAAGAAAAGGGAGAAGAAUUUGCUAGCAUGCUUACAGAACUUCUCUUUGAAUUACAUGUUGCAGCCACGCCUGACAAACUCAAUAAGGCCAUGAAGAAAGCUCAUGACUGGGUAGAAGAAGAUCAGACUACGUUGUCCAUAAAUAUGGCGGAAGAGUUGGAGAACACUACAGAGGAAGAAAAGGAAGAGAAACCAGAAAAUCCCGUAGGAGACAAGAAGGAAGAAAGGAGAACUAAGACAGUUGAGGAAGUAUAUAUGCUGUCCAUCGAACGUCUGGCAGAAGUAACAGCACGCUGUAUAGAGCAGCUUCAUAAAGUAGCAGAAUUAAUUCUUCAUGGGCAAGAAGAGGAAAAACCAGCUCAGGACCAAGCAAGAGUUCUGAUAAAAUUAACUACUGCGAUGUGUAAAGAGGUGGCCUCCUUAUCAAAGAAGUUUACGAAUUCUUUAACCACUGUUGGGAGCGACAAGAAGGCUGAGGUCCUUAACCCCAUGAUCAAUAGUGUCUUGUUAGAGGGCUGCAACAGCACCACGUACAUCCAGGAUGCCCUCCAGCUGCUGCUGCCUGUGCUGCAGGUUUCACGUAUCCAGACGGGCUGUUCAGAAGCUCGGCCGGAACCUGGCCAGACUCCAUCUGGUUAAAGAGGAGAGCAGCCCACAUUGCUUUGGUAAUACCAUUUCCGGGGAUGUUUUCUACAAAUCUGGCCCCAGACACCCCUUGGAGGACUCUACAGGCAAUUUUGCCCGGACAGUCUGGAGAAUGCAAGUUGAGAGAGAGUAUCCUGUCUCUUAAUGUACAUGGUGGUUUUACAAAUAGUUGUGUUUUCUUUAUGUUAAUUUAAAUUGACAUGGCUUUAUACUGAUAAUUGCCUUUCAUUUGAAGUUCAUUCACCAAUAUUCAUUUCCAUUUUCCUGGCCAAGCACACUAUAUUUAGAAAUUCAUGGGCAGAUCCGAGACUUUUUUUUAAUCCUUUAAUUUCCCACCUUUAAGAUCCCAUUCUUUAUAGUAUUACUUUAAGUCAAUUCUUAUACUGAACUUGGUUUUGUUAUAUAAAUACCAUAGGCAAAGAAAAUACUACUUAUAAGUAGUACCUAUUAUGGUAAAAGAGAAACAUAAGUGUUUCUUUAUAGUAACUCAUUCUGAAAAGAAGCUUUCAUUGAGCUUCUACUGUGUGCUCACAAUAAAGGAACAUGAUCUCAACCCAGUAAAGACAGUCACUCUAGGUAAUUUCUACACCCAACGUGGGGCUCAAACUCACAACCCUGAGAUCAAGAGUUGCACGCUCUACCAACUGAGCCAGCUGGGUGCCCCUAGACAAAUACCCAGAAGGUGGUUUAGAAUAAUUCUUAAAAUGCUUAAAAAUACGAAUAAAUUUUCUAAACCUUAAAAAAUUUGAAGAGCAAGGUAAACUAGUGGUUUGUUUUUUUUUUAAUGUUCUGCCCUUCAAUGUAUUAUUGUAUUUUUCAACAUUCCCUGGACUUUUUGACCCCAAACUUUAUAUAUGGGGUGAAAAUAUAUAUGAAAAAGGGGUACUAAAGAGAAUCCAGUUUAAA